CCGAUCGAUGCAAAUGACUCGAACUAGUUCAGACUGAAGUAAUCGAGCACCGGUGGAGCGUUAGCGUUCUUAGCCUUUUGGCUAACAGCUCUGAGAAGAUGGCAUCCCCGGACCAACCUGACCACCAAAAUCAGAGCUCUGCUCCAGCCAGAGAAGACGUGCCUCCGAGAGAAGCGCUGAUUGCCACGGCAGUCAAGUUUCUACAAAACCAGCAAGUUCGUCAAAGCCCCCUGGCAACCAGAAAAGCGUUCUUGAAGAAAAAAGGUCUGACUGAUGAGGAGGUCGAUCUGGCCAUCCAGAGGUCCGGUAGUACAGAUGAGCCGCUGACUGUAGCUGUUCCUGGGCCCGCACACAUCGCUCACCCUGUUCCACUGGCCCCAUACAGUCCCUCAGGUUACAGAUGGAGAGACUACAGUGCCCUUGCUGUCAUCUUGGCAGGAAUGGCCUUUGGCUUCCAUCAUCUCUACCGGAAAUACAUCCUUCCCCUCAUUAUGGGCAGCAAAGAGGACAAGAAGCAUCUGCAGCGGAUCGAGAGCAACAUCGCGGAUAUGAGUGGCACCCUGACACAGACAGUCACCCAGUUACAGAUGACCCUGGCUUCAGUGCAGGAGCUGCUGGUCCAGCAACAGAAGAAAAUCCAGGAGCUGACACAAGAGCUGGCUAACUCGCAGGCUUCAUCUGCCACCAACCGCAUGUUGGAGUCUCAGAGCAUCAGUGAACUCAAAGCUGAGAUUGUAUCUCUUAAGGGUCUUCUUCUCAGCAGGAGACAGUUCCCCGCUUCGCCUUCUGUUCCCAAAAUCCCAUCCUGGCAAAUCCCUCUAAAACCCGGAUCGCUCUCCAACCCGCCCUCUGUCAACCACACCAACAGCAGUAGCGACAUCUCGCCCGUCAGCAACGAGUCGGCCAACUCCUCCCCCAUCAAAGAGGGCAACAGCUCCCAGGCCACCCCGUCCGGCUCGCACUGCCUGAACGGAGAAGUGGGCCUGGGCUCCAUUCUCCCUCUGGACCUGAAAGACCAGGUCCGUAUGGAAGUCCAGGGCGAGGAGGAGAAGAAAGAGGAUGACGAGGACGAAGACGAGGAUGACGAUGUGACCCGUGCGGAUGAGGAAGACCACCUGAGUGUGCAGACGGAGGACAGAAGAGGCGGAGAUGGACAGAUAAAUGAGCAGGUGGAGAAGCUGCGGCGUCCAGAGGGUGCGAGCAAUGAGAGCGAAGUCGAUUAGUAACAAACUCUGGACUUCAUCCGUCCAUUGGCUUCUCCCCGUUUCCUUAGAGUUCAUUUAAGUUCCGAUAUCACACCCUCGUCGCAGUAAAACGGCUACUGUGAGCAUAAUUUAACACUGUACGAAAGCAGCAGGUGAGGUGGAUUAUGUUCCUUUCACUGCAGUUCUUUACCCUUUUGACUUUUCAACAUGCAAACUUUCAACGUGCAAACCAGAGUGAAGGCACAAACCUUCUGCAUGCCUCAACAAGCACAGCAACAGAAAUUUCUGGAAAGACGACAAGAGAAUUAUGACUUUUUUUUCUUUUGCCAUCCAUACAUUUGCCCUAAAUGCUAGCUAGCUGUUUUACUAGAGACUGUAGUGCUCCAGAAAUAAUCCCAUUUAAGUGUCAUAGAACGUCAAUUGCAGUGUAAGGACUAUAGACAAAUCAGAGGCACCAAAGAAAUUAGAAAGUUGUGAUCUGAGAUUUUCUAUGAUUUUUUUUUUUUCCAGCAGUAAACACUAGUUCGCACAGUCCCAGAGUUGUUGGAUUAUGUCGUUGUCCUAGUGAACCAACUCUCCUUCAGACGUCUAGUGCACCGGGCUUCAGCAGUCUGUGGAACAACGAGGCCUUGUAUUUUUGUGUUUAGAGUUUCUGUUCAAGGGAGAAAGAGAGACAGCGAAAACGCCAAUGAGAACGCAGACAAUGAGGUGAAAGAGAAAUGUGUUUGUCUUAGUCGUAUCUCUCCAGUCUCCAGCAGGGUAGCUGAUUUGGUUUAUGAAGUAUGUUAAUAAUCAAAUGAUCGACAAAUAACAGAUGUAUUAGUUCAUGCGGCUUGAAAUGUCAAGGAGGCUAAAAUCGGAAAUCUAAUACUGAAAGCCUGUUAUAUUGUAUUAUAUUACAUGACAAACCCUCCAGUCCAAAUUAUAUAGGCCUCCUGCAGUGAAUAAUCUUAACAUGAAACGGUGCUGGGGUUUUGUAAUUAAACUGUGUAAAACAAUGGAUGCUUCAGCGGAGGUGCUGACAGUUGUGCUUUUCUCUUUGGGGGCUUUUCUCUCAGAAAGUCCUGAGAGGAUUAAAAAAAUAGACGAAAAAAAAAAAAUUCCCGUGAUGCAAAUGGAGAGUAACGUAUGAAUAUUUAACUAAUGAAAUUACUCACUCACCAGCUGAUGAGAAACAAAGCCGGAGAGAUCCUGGAGUGAGAACUAGAGCGUCAGAUCCAUUGUGACAUUUUCACUUUUAACAAAUGACCUUCAGAGUAACCGGAUUAGAGCACAGCCAGGUGAAUUGUGGGUCUGUGGCGGCACAAUGCGAAGGCACAAUGAAAGAGCUCAACCUGUCUGGCCAUGUGUGUAUUUCUUCUUACUUCUUAGACUAAGGUUGGCUUAACACUAACCCACACAAGACUAGCAUAUAUUCACAUGAAACAAUGUCAAGAGAAACCGUGUGUUCAGUUGAUAUGCAGUGACUUUUCUUUUUUUUUAGGGUUUGAAAAGCUAAAACGUCAUUAAAAAACCUGAUCAGUUCAAUGGUUCAAUGAUCCAGCUCACAAAUCUACUACACGAUUCAUUCACAAAAAUUGACUGAAAAAAAACUCAAUACAGCCACAGUGGCUCAAUUUAACAGUUCAAGAGCUGUUCAGACAAAGUGUUUUUUUACUUUGUUUUUUAGAGUUCAACUGGUCACUAUGAGCUCUCAUUGAAUAACUCGCACACAAAAACUAUUCAAAACAUGACACUGUUCCGUAAAAAAAGUGCUGUUUGUAAUGACAAUGGAAUUGAAAACAUGUUUAGGUGAACUAUCCUUUUAAAGGCAUCGGUGAAGUCUGUUUAACCUUGAAAGUAAUUAGCAGUUACUGGUGUCAGAACUGUCAUUGCGGAGUUACUAAUAAGUAAGCUUUUUAAGUGAGAGGAAGGAAGGAAGACCAUCGGCUUCAGAAUGAGACAGAGCUUUAGCGCGAGUGUGUGUGCAUGUACUAGUUUUGCUUAAAAACACAUUCAGGAGUUCCUGCAACUGGCAGGUUGUUUCUGGUAGCGUGGCGGCAGAGGCCUUUAAACAACAUAGUAUGCUAAUUUUAGCUAAUAAUUGUAAAGCCGCUGUGAAGGCUACUGAAUUAAACAUGAUAUAAGCCACAUAUUCUGUGUCUAUAUCUCUUUUAACAUUGCAUUCUCAUCUCCAACUGUUUUUAUGACAGUUUUGUUAAGAAUCUACAUCCUGCUGCUCAGUUUCAGCAACUCAGUUUAGGCAUUGAAGCAUUUGUUCUCAUUACGUGAGGUGUGUGUGUGUGUGUGUGUGUGUGUGCGUGCGAGCUGGAUCUGUUUUAUAAGUAAGCUUACGUCAAAGGUCUAUAACGGUUUGUAUGAACUGCACAUUGUUGCUGUAUGUGGCUCUGUUGUUGUUGUUGACACCCUGCUGGUAUUUGUCACAGAGAAAUUCUGGUAUGAAAAGAUGAAUGUACAUAAUUGUAAUAAAUUUGAUUUAACACAAAAACA